GUACCUGGCCGGCGGCGGCUGCGGCGGCGGCGGGAGCAUGACCUCGCCCCGGGAGCGGGGCGCCGACCUGGCCCGUUUCUACACCGUCACCGAACCCCGACGACACCGCAGGGGCUACACGGUGUAUAAGGUCACCGCCCGGGUGGUUUCACGAAGAAAUCCAGAAGAUGUCCAGGAGAUAAUCGUGUGGAAGAGGUACAGUGACUUUAAGAAACUACACAAAGAAUUGUGGCAAAUUCACAAGAACUUAUUUCGGCAUUCGGAAUUGUUUCCUCCAUUUGCUAAAGGAAAAGUAUUUGGGCGAUUUGAUGAAGGUGUCAUUGAGGAGAGGAGACAGUGUGCUGAGGACCUGCUCCAGUUCUCUGCCAAUAUUCCUGCUCUUUACAGCAGUAAACAGCUUGAGGAGUUUUUCAAGGGCGGAGUCAUCCAUGAUGGUUCUGAGCUGAUCGGUCCUGCUGAAGGGUGCUCGGAUUCCCUCCUUGAUAGCGUUGCUGAGUGCAGCGCAGAAGGUUUUUCUAGCGACAGUGACCUGCUCUCUCUGACUGUCGACGUGGAGUCUCUCGCUGACUUAGAUGAUGGAAUGGCUUCCAGUCAGAAUUCUCCCAUGAGAACCUUCGGUCUCCCUCUUCUUCUGGAUGCCUCAGCACCAGGGCCUGUUGCUUCUGACAGUGACCAGACCAGAGCAGAGGACGGACUGGAGAGUCGUAGCCUCUUCCCCGGCAGCUUGAAAUCCAAGCUUGGCAAGGGAGAUUAUUUGGAGAAAGCGGGAGAAUUAAUAAAGCUGGCUUUGAAAAAGGAGGAAGACAAGGACUAUGGAGCUGCUUCUGCUUUUUACAGGAAGGGAGUGGAUCUGCUCCUCGAAGGUGUCCAAGGAGAGUCGAGCCCCACCCGGCGAGAAGCCGUCAAGAGGAGAACGGCUGAGUACCUCAUGCGGGCAGAGAGUCUGUCGGGCCUGCGCGGGAAGCCUUGCCUGGACGCCUCAGCGCAGCCCCCAGGACCACUAAGUUCAAGGCCCCCUUGGAUCCUAAGGAGCCCUGCCGAGGAGCUGAAGGCCUUCAGAGUCCUUGGGGUGAUCGACAAGGUUUUGCUUGUAAUGGACACAAGGACAGAACAGACGUUCAUUUUAAAAGGUCUGAGGAAAAGCAGUGAAUACAGCCGGAACAGAAAGACCAUCAUCCCCCGCUGUGUGCCCAACAUGGUGUGUCUGCACAAGUACAUCAUCUCGGAGGAGUCGGUGUUCCUCGUGCUGCAGCACGCCGAAGGUGGAAAACUCUGGUCAUACAUCAGCAAGUUCCUUAACAGAAGUCCAGAAGGAAGCUUUGACAUCCAGGAGGUGAAAACAUCUGCGCUUAGGAAACUGUCCCCGCAGCCGCCAGUGGGCUGCGCCCAGGGCGGCAGCAGCUUGGAGUCCAGAGCCAGCGAAGGGGGCAGCACACCUCUGGCUCUGCCUCUGAGGGCAAGCCUGACCCCCAGCUCCCAGGACAGCAUCCACGACGAGGACGGCCAGGGUGGGUCUCCUGGGUGGCCUGAUUCCGGCUCUAGCUCGGAAGAGGAGUGCACGACUAGUUACCUCACUUUAUGCAAUGAGUACGGGCAAGAAAAGAUCGACCCGGGGUCCCUGAACGAGGAGCUUUUCAUGACGACCGAAGGGGACGAGGUGGACCCCAGAGCUGUGGGGAGUGCCAGAGCACCCCUUGCUGCUGCCGGCGACAGCCCCUGCAGAAGGAGGCGAGCCCAGGCGCUGCAGGGGCUCCCGAGGGAGGGCGAGCCGGCCACUAUCAGUUGUUCCAGAACUUCAGAUUCCCUCAGUCGGUCUAAGAACAGUCCCAUGGAAUUCUUCAGGAUCGACAGUAAGGACAGCACAAGCGAACUCCUAGGACUUGACUUUGGGGACAAAUUGUACAGUCUGAAGUCAGAGCCUUUGAAGCCGCUGUUUCCUCUCUCGGAUGGAGACUGCGCCUCCCACGGCUUUGACGCGGGGGAGCACGGAGCCAGGCUGACGGCGCAGGACACCAUCAGCAGGGGCUCAGAGGACUCUGUCCCUGUCAUUUCUUUUGAAGAAGCUGCGUUUGAUGAUGUCAGUGGUGCUGAUGAAGGAAGACCCGACCUUCUUGUAAAUCUCCCUGGUGAGUCGGAGGCACCCAAAGCUGGUGCAGCCGCGGGACCGACGGUGUUCUCACCCACGCAGGCUGGCCUGGUGGAAAGUAAACUCCUGGAAGCCCCUGAUGUUCUAUGCCUCCGACUAAGCCCUGAGCAGGGCCGGGCUCCUGAAGGGGCCAAGGAACUGUGGGACCCAGCCAAGCCCAGAGCCCAGAGCCUGGCUGAGAAACACAUUGCCCAGGGCCAGCUGGGGAUGGUAUUUGUGACAGCUGUUGAUCAAGGUGGUUCAGGGGACGAGUCUUUGUUGUGGGCCUCUGAACCUGAGUCCCAAGGGCCUGAGUCGGCAGGGACUGCAAAGAGCAUGGAGGACAGCUCAGUCCAGAUUUCUCACCGGCUCUUGGAAACUAGUGAGUGUGGCGCCGACGCAGACACUGUACACACAGAAGAAGUGUUGCUGUUUACAGAUCAAACUGAUGAUGUGGCUAAGGAGGAGCCGACUCUAUUUCUGAGAGACACUCAGUGCAAGGGGGAGAGUGGCUUAGUUCUAGAAGGCGACAAGGAGAUACAUCAGAUUUUUGAGGACCUCGAUAAAAAAUUAGCACUGAACUCCAGGCUCUCCAUCCCGGAGGGCUGCAUCCAGAGGUGGGCAGCUGAGAUGGUGGUGGCCCUUGACGCCUUGCACAGAGAGGGGAUCGUGUGCCGAGACUUGAACCCCGACAACAUCCUAUUGAAUGAUAGAGGACACAUUCAGCUGACGUAUUUUAGCAGGUGGAGCGAGGUGGAAGAUUCCUGUGACACCGCCGCCAUGGAGAGGAUGUACUGCGCCCCAGAGGUUGGAGCCAUCACGGAAGAAACAGAAGCUUGCGACUGGUGGAGCUUGGGUGCUGUCCUCUUCGAGCUGCUCACUGGCAAAACUCUGGUGGAGUGCCAUCCGGCUGGGAUAAAUACCCACACUACUUUGAACAUGCCAGAAUGUGUCUCCGAAGAGGCGCGCUCACUCAUCCAACAGCUCUUGCAGUUCAAUCCUGUGGAGCGUCUUGGUGCUGGAGUCGCUGGGGUUGAAGAUAUCAAAUCUCAUCCGUUUUUCACCCCUGUGGAUUGGGCAGAGCUGAUGAGGUGAACACUGGUGGGUCAACUGCACACCUGCUGGCCGUCUUGGGAGUGGUGUCCAUCCAGAGGCCACAGCCAUGCUGUCCCUGAUGGAGCUCGAAGCAUCAGGCUGGUGUAGACCUAAGAGGAAAUGGCAGGAAAAGGCCGAGGGAGAACAAUUCCUUUGAAUUACUGUCUGGGGCUGUUAAAUGCAGACUUUUAACCAAGGCGUGGUCUUCAUGUCGCCUGCACUUAGUUAGGUCUGCAGAUGAGUCGUACACCCAGCUGACAGGGCAGCUGCCUGUGAGGCCUGAAGAACUUCCCCUGCUGUGACGCUCCAUGUAGACCUUGCAGCUCCUGUGCUAUGCUGACCAGGACUGGCUCCUACGGGCAAAGCAACGUCUGCUGGAUCCAGAACAGGGAAGGUGAGGGCCGCGGCCUGUGCCAUGUGUGGGCUGAGGCUGGGCGAGGAGGAGACACUUCUGUCAUCGGUUUUGCACUGUGUGAGUUGCCUGCGCUCCAGAGGCUUCCUAUAGACACCCUCUCUCCAGCCUCCUCGCCCCAUUUCCUGCGCCCCGUGCCUGUGUGCUCAGAUUCUGUUCUUCCUGCCCCUACGAAACAUGCAGCAAAAGGGAGGGGUAUUUAGCUUCCUAACUUGUACCAACUUAAUAAGGACUAAGAAAUCAUGAUGUAAAAUAAAUGUAGUGAAAAUUGAAAUCUCAUUUGUCACCUUUUUUUCCCUCCAGUAAGUUCUAUCCUCUCUCACUAGGCAGUGUUCACAGCUGCCGCUGGCCCCUUGGCUUUGUGAUAGUUUUUGGUCUGGUGUAAGAAGGCCCAAGGGGCUGUACCUAAGUGCUAACUGGGGUUAGGUGGCAAGCCCACACUACAAGAGGAAUAGAACUGCUGGACCUCCAGAUGGAUUUCCUAACACUUGAGUGCUCUGGGUACAGUCAGAAGGGCGGAAGGGUGAGAGAAUUCACCAGAGCCAGAGCGGGGAGCAGAGCAGGCAGAAGGACCGAGG